GCAUUCUGGCGACUCAGUUGAAUUCUUCGGAGACUCCCAAAACCAAAGCUUAGCCGAAACUUGGCUGAUCACUGUAAAAUAUUUAGCUAACAAAGUGGAGCGAAUAAGAAAAUCGCCAACGUUACGAAAGCAGCAUAGGAAGAUCGAAGUGUUCUGUUAUUUUCGAAGCAAUCUCUAAUUCGAAAUGGAGGGCCAAAAGACACCACACAGUGAAAAUCCAGCUGACAUCCCCAAAGUACAACUGGAAAUAGACAUAUCAGAAAUGGUUCAGCUAUUGCCGACGUUUGAUGGCGAUCAGUACACUCUGUCCGACUUCAUUGGGAGCGUGCAAGAUAUGGUCCUCGACGUUGUCAAGAACGUCUACAAGGCCGAGUGUCCGGUUUUUAUAAUGAGAGCUAUUCGCCGGAAGAUCGUAGGGGAAGCCAACAACGUGCUAAUCAGGGAACGAACGAGGUUGAAUUGGAACGAGAUAAAGGAAACAUUGAUAGACAACUUCGCAGACCCCAGGAACAUGGACACUCUGAUGGACGACCUGCGUAAAAUUCCCUACUGCGGGCUCUCGAUAGACAGUUUGUAUGUGGAGAUAUCCAAAAUUAGGUGUGUCUGUUUCGAUAUUCUGGAGAGAAAUGUUGACGAUCUCAAAAUUCGAAACAAUCAGGAGUUUGUGUAUGAGAAAAGGUUUUUGGAGGUAUUUGUGGCGGGUCUGCGGGGACCUCUGCAACUUUUGGUCGUGCGCAAGAACCCAAAGACUCUCAGGGAGGCGAAGAAAUAUGCAAUCCAGUUAACAGAUGAUUUUCGUAGGGAAAGAAACGCGCAGGUCAGUUAUAGCAGCAGAAACAACUACCCAAACAAGAUGUUUUUCAAUCAAAACCCCAGGUAUCACAAUGGUAGAAAUGUGCACAGGGGACCAAACCAAACGUAAUCUGGUAAAACAAAAACGAAAAUAAGUGCAGUUUUUUUAUUUUAAGAAAACAAAGUAAAUUAAUUAAAUUACAUAUAUACACAUUAUAAAGGUAAUCAUUCUUUCAAUAAAUAGGUUAUUGAGAUAUACAAUUUUUUGGGAACCACCAAUUCGGUCUUCAUAACUCAAACUAAAUUCGGAAAUUCGCAUUUCAUGUUUACAGACGUUUUUAGUUAAGUUUACCUUUAAGAAUGAACUAAUUUUUGUAAAAAUUACAAUGUAAUAAUGUUGCACUUGCUUUAGAUGUAGAAAAACCUCCAGCGAAAGCCAACCAACUGCCAUCCUACAACCAAACUCCCAUUAUUUUGGGUUAUGUAUAAGACACUUUAUGCAGUCCCUUUCUGCGCAUUUAUUUUUAGUGUAGUCAAUACCAAAUAGUAAAUAGCAAAUACUACUUGGAUGAAGUUUAUAAAACAUACAUCAAAUGACCUUGAAACAUGUGGAAUACUUGUUGUGCCCCUAUACAUUUUAUAAGCUUGUGUCUUUAUUUAUUG